ACAAGAUAUGGAAUUGAUGAUGCAGGUAAAGAAUGAAGAGAGCAGUACUAGGAGACGACAACUUUACAAGGCGGAUGGUGAUCAGGCUCAGGUGAUUAAGAGACGACGAAGAUCAUCAGAUCAAACUGCAUUAACUGCAACAAAAUGUGAUGAUAGUACUUUUAACGAGACUCAACAGCAACAGCAAGUGCAAGGUGAUUAUCAAACUUCCCCAGCCACCACUGUGAAGAGAAGUUCGAAAUAUCGCGGUGUUAGCAGACAUAGAUGGACUGGACGCUUUGAAGCACACCUGUGGGAUAAGCUCUCUUGGAAUGUAACUCAAAAGAAGAAAGGGAAACAAGUUUACCUUGGAGCUUAUGAUGAAGAAGAAUCUGCAGCAAGAGCAUAUGAUUUAGCUGCACUCAAAUAUUGGGGCACGUCUACUUUCACCAAUUUCCCGAUAUCAGACUAUGAGAAAGAGAUUGAGAUCAUGCAAACUGUGACAAAAGAAGAGUAUCUGGCCUCUUUAAGAAGAAAGAGCAGUGGUUUUUCAAGAGGUGUAUCCAAGUACAGGGGAGUUGCAAGGCACCAUCAUAAUGGUAGAUGGGAAGCAAGAAUAGGGAGAGUUUUCGGAAACAAAUACCUCUACCUUGGCACUUACAGUAAGUCACAGUCUAUAACUCCACAGUAA